AUGAGUUUGCCUUUGCCCAAUUUUCUUUUUUAGAGGACAUUAUAGACAUGUGUUUUGCUGCUUCAUUGAACAGAAAGUGGAUACCUGGUUUAAAUAACAGUCAGGCGUUUAAACAUUUUUUGUAAAUACCGUAUUUGUAAAUUUCCUUCUUGCUUCCCGAAGCAACAUAGGGGGGUUUAGGGGAUUUCUCUUUGUUGAAGACAGAUGGCGCUGCGUGUUCAACUAAUGCGGUCUUACCAGGGCAGCUCAGUCCAGAACGAAACAAAAGCAAGUCCCGAUUUGUUGUAUUGACCUUAUUCUUCAAUGCGGAAGUGUGCGCGUUUUUGCGAUUGUUUUAGAACUUCCGAUUCAGUUGCCUAUGGGAAAAUGACUAGGAAUAAUCAACGGCAAAAAACGGUCAAACUACUUACUCUACAAACAAGUGUUUGCAUUAGAAUACAGACAAAGUAGAAUAAUAUAAUAAGAAAAUAUCAGUUUGCAACACCAAGCAGCAAAACGAGCUGUUUUUAACGUUUAAAAAUGAAUGGAAGUGAAUGAGACCGGAAGUUUCUAGCCAAAAUGAUUCAAAUGGCCGCGCCCACUCGUACGCGGAGAAUAAGGUUAUUAGGCUAGCUGUGGCUACUGUUACAUUUACGUUGACACAACCUCAGUUUAUUUCUUAAUAUAUAUAUAUAUGACAUUCGUUUCGAUGUUAUAAGCCAAAAGAUGGGUCCAGGGUAGUUAAGUGUGCUAAGGUGACUGAAAACUGACGGAACAGCACCAAUAAAAGUCUCAUAAAAGUCGUGCUUAUGUUUCACUCUAGGCGGCGCGCGCACACGAGUUUGCUCUCUCUCUCUCUCUCUCUGUCGACUCAACUCAUCCCCGAGGACUCUUGUUCUUAUAAGACCUGUCGUUUAUCUUCAAAGCUCCGUGUGUUUUGAGGAAUUUUGUUCAAAGUUAUUUUUAUUCCUAUUUUGUCUGUUUUAGUUUAGUUUUUAUUCCUAUUUGUUUUGUUGUAAAGUAUACGAAGAUGAUUUGCAUGUUUGCAGUGCUGUGUUAUCCUUUGUACCUCACUGGUGUGUCUGGUGCUGAUGGAUUAGUGUCAGUGAUUGAGGGAGAUUCAAUCACUCUAAAGCCUCGUGUCGCUGACAUACAGAAAAAUAUGUUGAGUUAUAAGUUUGGAGCAGAAGGUGCCCUCAUAGCUCUCAGAGAUGGGAAUCACAGCUCAGUAAAUUAUGAUGUCUCUGAGAGAUUCAAAGGCAGAUUACAUCUAGAUCAGACUGGAGCUCUGACCAUCAGUGACAGCAAAACCACAGACUCUGGACUUUAUGAACUAAAUAUCAUAGGAGGAAGAGAAGAUCAAGUCAAGACAUUUUGGGUCACUAUCUAUCCUCGUCUACCUGCUCCUGCAAUUAUCAGAAAUUGCCCACAAUAUUCAUCUUCAUCUAUAUCUGAACAUUCAGAGGUGUCCAGAUGUGUGCUGCUGUGUUCAGUGCUGAAUGUGAGUAUUGUGAGUCUCUCCUGGUACAAAGGAAACAGUUUAUUGUCCAGCAUCAGUGUGUCUGAUCUCAGCAGCAGCAUCUCUCUACAUCUGGAGGUGGAAUAUCAGGAUAAAAACACCUACAGCUGUGUGGUCAAUAACACCAUCAGCAACCAGACCACACAUCUGGACAUUAACACACUCUGUCAACCAUGUGAUGAGAGCCUAUGCUGUGGUUCUGUCGAAGGUGUGAUGAGAUUGGUCAUCUCAGCUCUGGUGGGCAUGGCUGCUGCUGCUUUUGUGGUUGAAGACAUAAGAUCCAGAAAGGGAGAACAGGACAGCAGGGAGGAGACACGCUGUUAACAAUCUUUGCAAAUUACACCGCAUUAUACUGUAUUAUGAAUUAGGGCUGUGCAAUUAAUCAAAAAUUUGGUUUCGAUUUUGGCUUCUAACGAUUAUGAAAAAACAUUAAUCAAGAUAAAACGAUUAUUGCAUCAUAUACCGCCCCCUUUCCAGUUGUAUACAUUUGUUGCUCUGCAAAGCUCAGUUUCACGUGAACAUUACUAAAAGCAUGUACUGUAAUUUAACGUUUGCAGCGCAUAAUUCACUGAUGUACAUUCCAAUCAUUCAUGUUUUUAAAAGUGCGAGAGAGAUCACAUGCUGUUGUGUGUAUGCACUCAACCUCAGAGAUGAGCAGAGCACACACAUCUAAAGUCAUCUUAAUGUGAGCGCUUUCAUGGUCAAAUAGGUGUCAAAAUGCGGUGUUUAGUCAUUUUUCAUAUUAACCCUCAUUUGUGUAAU